AUGGCACCAUUCCAGAUCCAGCAGCCGAAGAACAGAGAGCUGAACGGAGGAGACCUCGUAGCUCAAUCGCUCAAGAAUCUUGGCGUGGAAGUGGCCUUUGGUCUGCAUGGUGGAUAUCUUGAUGCCUUUCUACUAGGCGCGCACGAUUGUGGCAUCAAACUCGUUGACACCAGGCACGAGGCCACAGCCGUUCAAGCAGCAGAAGGAUACGCGAAGAUCUCGGGCAAGACUGGCGUCUGCUUCGUCACGGCGAAUAGCGGAUACUGCAAUGGCCUCCCAGGACUUGCUACCGCCUUCGCCGACCGCUCACCCAUCUUCUGCGUCACCUCCAGCCCGCCUCUCCAAGACGCCGAAACGAAUGCCCUUCAAGGUUUCCACAAUCAGGUUGUAGUCGCGAAGCCGAUCACCAAGUUUGCACACCGAGUCACGAAUGUGGAGGAGAUCCCGAGAAUCGUUGCGUAUGCGCUCAGAGCUGCAAAUACUGGCAUCAAAGGCCCAGUGCUGAUCGACUUUCCGAUCGACGUCUUAUUCUCCCCGCCUCAAUUCGAUCGAAUCGCGUAUGGCGCUGUAGACGUCCCUCCAGUCGAUCCGCCCGCGCCGAACCCUGCAACGCUGGACUGCCUGGUAGAAGCCUGGAAGGGAGCAAAGAGGCCGGUCGUCAUCACAGGCACAGGCGCAAGAGGAACGGACGAGGCAUUGUUGAAGCUGGUGGAGACUACAAACACACCUGUGUUCUACUCGAACAAGUUCAGCCCACCCAUACCCAACGACCAUGAGCUUCGAGGUGGACCAGCGUCUGGUCUCGCGGCAAUGGCCGGCAAAGAGCAAGCAGAUUUCGUCCUUCUCCUGGCAGGCCGGACUGGCUUCUUACUCGGUGGAAGAGGUGGCGCCAUUAUCCCAAAGACCGCAACACUCGCCCAGGUCGAUCUAGAUGGAGCAGAAAUCGGCAAGACACAUCCUAUCAAUAUCGGCAUCAUAGCUGACGCCAAGGUGUUCUGCGAAGCAUUCCUGACCAAAGCCACCAACGCCCCAUUCCCUCGCAACGAUGAGUGGAUCAAGAAAUGCCGCAGCCUCACCACUUCUUCCCUUCCCUACGAACAAGACCCGAAGACUCAACCUGACGGUCACCUCCACCCGUAUCACGCAAUGUCCACGCUUAUGAAGUCCCUCCCGCCAGACUCCAUCAUCAUGCUCGACGGCGGCGAAGCAGGCCAAUGGGCUGCCAUGACCGCAGAGCAAGCCAACGCUAAACACAUACUCACACCACCUGGCUAUCUGGGCUUCCUAGGUAACGGAUGGGGCUACAGCUUGGGAGCUGCAAUCGCGGAUCCUUCACGGCUGAUCGUCAACAUCCACGGCGACGGCAGUGCAGGCUUUCACAUUCAAGAACUGGACACGAUGGCAAGGUUCGGCCUCAAGAUCUUGACCGUGGUAGCGAAUAACUAUGUCUGGGGCAUGAGCGUCAAUGGGCAAGAUCUGAUCUAUGAAGGUGUCACGGACGUGAGACCUUGUGUUAAGAUGAGUGAGGGGUGUAAGUAUGAAGUGGUGGCGCAAGGCUUCGGAUGCGAAGGCAAGAAGAUCACCGCUUACGAAGAGAUCGAGUUGACGGUGCGUGAGCUUGCGCAAAAGACGCCGGCGUUGAUCAAUAUGAUUGUGAGCGUGAAGCCGACGACGCCGGCUACGUUGAGCAUGGUGGGAGCGACGACGGAUCCGAAUGUGAUUGUGGUGCCGUACUAUGACAGUGUGCCGAGACCUUAUUACAAGAAUGCGCAGACGAACGGAUCAUGA